CUCGAACCUAAGAGAAAAGGAGACACAGGGAAAGAAACUGUCCCAGCCCAGACAGCUGCUUUCAUACGGGAGAAAAGAAUCUUUGCUCUGAAAGUCUGCAUCAUUUUUAAUAUUUAUUUGUACUUUACUCAAAUAGAGUUUGCACUGGAUUUUUUUUUUUGUAUUAUUAUUAUUAUUUAGGUAAGCUUUAAUAGGUAAAGAAGUUUCUGUGAAAUUGAGUUUGAUCUACGCGCCUGGACUUUUGUGUCAGUUUUUGCAGAAAAGAAAGAAAAAAAAAGCCUGAACGUAUUUCUUGACGGAUUAUGAUGUUUUUUGUGCGUGUUGCGCUGAGUUUAAUUGCUGCUCUGUGCGCUAACGCGGCGCAGAGUUCAUGGGAGGAAACUACCCUGGUACCAAUUCAGCUCGACUCCUACAAGAGCAAAAAGGAAUCGCCUUUAAGUUCAGAGGCUCAGGAGAAAGAAUCAGAAAAGCUUUUCUACCGGUUGGACAUCUUCGGGAAACAGAUGGUGUUGGAGUUGGAGCCUGAUCAGACUUUCCUGGCGCCUGGGUUUGUAUUCCAUGUAGUGGGGAAACCGGAGGGCCAGCAGGGGUUUGACAGCUCAGGGGAGGCGCGCUGCUUUUACACAGGAACAGUGAACGGAGAGAAAAACUCUGCGGUCGCUCUUAACGUCUGCCAUGGACUGAGGGGUGGCUUCAACUACGGUGAUGAAGAGUAUUUCAUUGAGCCCACGAAUGCCACUAAGGAAAGCAGUUUUUCAAGCGAGGACAUGCACAUCAUUCGCCGGAGAAACAGGCGGUUCCAUGGCGAGGUCGGUGGCUCCAAGUGCGGGGUCAAAGAAGACGAGGAAAAAGUUCCCGUGCACCAUAGAACCACAUCAGAUAAAGAGCUCGCCUCAACUCCAAAUGAGCCCCAAGCACAUCACCGGGCACGUCGUUUUGUGUCCACCCCACGAUAUAUGGAAAUCAUGAUUGUGGCAGAUCAGUCAAUGGCAGAAUUACACGGAGCUGGACUGAAGCCUUACCUGCUAACCAUAAUGGCAGUAGCUUCUCAUCUUUACCGCCACCCAACUAUUCAUAACUCUAUUACACUUUCUGUGGUAAAACUUAUGGUGAUAUAUGAAGAAGAACAGGGACCACAAGUUUCCACUAAUGCUGCUCUCACUUUGAGGAACUUCUGCCAGUGGCAAAGACAGCACAACCCUCCCAGCGAUCGUCACCCAGAACAUUAUGACACCGCCAUCCUGUUCACCAGAAAAGAUCUAUGUGGUGCUCACUCUUGUGACACAUUAGGAAUGGCUGAUGUUGGCACAGUGUGUGAUCCAGAGCGAAGUUGCUCCAUUAUUGAGGAUGAUGGACUGCAGGCAGCUUUCACUGUUGCACAUGAGCUAGGUCAUGUGUUCAACAUGCCCCAUGAUGAUGCGAAGCAGUGUGCUAAUAUCAAUGGUGACAACUGGGGCGCCCACAUGAUGGCGUCUACACUUUCCAACUUGAACCAGUUGCAUCCCUGGUCUCCAUGCAGUGCACUGAUGAUAACAGCAUUCCUGGAUAAUGGCCAUGGUCAGUGUCUGCUUGACAAGCCACAGAAGCCUCAACAAUUACCACAAGCCCUGCCAGGUUCAGUGUACAAUGCUGAUUAUCAGUGCCGUCUCACUUUUGGGGAGGAGUCACAGCACUGCCCUGACCUGAGUACAACCUGUGCAGCUCUCUGGUGCACUGUCACUACAACAAAUGGUCUACUUGUGUGCCAAACCAAGAACUUUCCAUGGGCUGAUGGAACUCCAUGUGGGCAUGACAGCUACUGUAUGGCAGGCCAGUGUUUAAGCAGUAAAGAAGCAGCUGGUUUUCAGAUCCCAGUCAAUGGUGGAUGGGGAACUUGGGGACCUUGGGGUGAGUGCUCACGUACCUGUGGUGGUGGUGUGCAGUACUCUUUUAGGGAAUGUGACAACCCUAUGCCCAAGAAUGGAGGCAAAUACUGUGAGGGCAAAAGAGUUCAGUAUCGUUCCUGCAAUACAGAAGACUGUCCCGACAGCAACGGUUUAACUUUCCGUGAAGAGCAAUGUCUGGCCCACAAUGACAUUUCUUCCCAUGUAACAUUUGGCUCAAGUGAGGGUGUUGAAUGGGUACCGAAGUAUGCUGGAGUAUCACCUAAGGACCGCUGUAAGCUGGUUUGCAGAGCAAAGGGAACAGGCUACUUCUUCAUCCUCAAGCCAAAGGUGGAAGAUGGAACUCCCUGCACCCCCGACUCCACCUCUGUUUGUGUCCAAGGACAGUGCGUCAAGGCUGGAUGUGACCGUGUGAUUGGCUCAGAUAAACAAUUUGAUAAAUGUGGCGUUUGUGGUGGGGAUGGAUCCACUUGCAAGAAAGUGUCUGGAUCAUUGGAGUAUGCAAGACCUGGGUAUCAGGAUGUUGUGACAAUCCCUGCAGGUGCUACGCACCUCGAUGUCAAGCAGCGAUCCACUGGUGGCCGUCGACUUGACAACAGCUACCUGGCUGUUCGCCGGCAAGAUGGCACUUACCUACUAAACGGUGAUUACAAGCUUACAACUUUGGAGACUGACAUCUUUCUAAAAGGUGCACUUCUGCGCUACAGUGGAUCUUCAGCCUCUCUUGAGCGUCUCCGCAGCUUCGCCCCUCUUCCAGAGCCAUUGAUAGUCCAGGUACUGUCUGUAGGUGACUCUCCUCGCCCCCGUGUCAAAUAUAGCUACUUUGCCCCACGGCCCACUUCCACAAACCGACAUUCCAUUAAUGCUAUCACAGAAGUAGGAGGUGCAGAGUGGACACUGCAUGAAUGGGGACCCUGCUCACAGACCUGUGGUGAAGGUACACAGAAGAGGGAUGUGCUCUGUCUGGAUGACCAGGGUCGAUCAUCACAAGAUUGUCCAGAAGAGCUGCGUCCUUCUUCCACUCGUUCCUGUAACACACAAGCCUGCCCAUCCUGGGUGUUGGGAGAGUGGUCAGCCUGUUCUAAGACAUGUGGCCGAGGUUUCCGGAAACGUACACUGUACUGUAUGGGUCAUGACGGCCACAUUUUGCCACAUGACAGCUGUCACUCAAAAGUACGGCCACGACCAUUGCUAGACUUAUGCAUCCAGAAUGCCUGUUAAGACUGGCUAGGACUAGAGGCAGCUGCUGACUGUAAAUUCUGCUAUUCAUUGUCUGAAGCAGAGCAAUGCAGGUUUAGGACCCAAAGGGUCCCCUAUGACGGUGACUGCAAUUAACCUUGAACCAGCACUAUAGCUCCCACUCCUCCAACACUGGGUGCAGGACACAAAGCGGGCACACUGUGUACCUGUCUGUAAAGAUAGGAUUGAGGAAGAAUAUAAAAAUAUAUAUAAGGACACCUUGGCUGCUUUAGGUGCUAAUGACACACAUACAGGUCAUUGAGUGUGAGUGUGUUUUUGAGUGAAUGACUGUACAAAAAGCUCCAGUGUAUGUAUUUGUACUGUCUGUCUGAGCUGGACUGGACAGAUAGUUGCUAUAUGAGAGGAAAAUAUAUAUGUGAGCAACCAUAAAAUAAACAAUGAGUAAUUAUUAUAGAUGUGAAUAUAUCAGAAUCUAUUAGUAUUUGGCUGAGACAGGGAGAACCAUUGAUUCAUUAAGUGAGACCUUACUAAACCCAGAUCUCAAAGACACACACGCUGCUAUAAUACUCAGCUAGUUUUAUGUAUGAAUUUCUAAAUAUACACAUUUAGUAUACAUUUUGAUGUAUUUUCAAGUUUUCAAAGCAAAGCAUACCCCAUCAUUAAUGAACAAAAAUAGACCUUAGAAAUGCCAAAGAACAUGAUUUCUCUAUCGGAGUGAUUGUGUGUAUAUGUGCGUGUGUGUAUGUGUGCGUGUGUUAGAAGGCAUAUAUGGAGGGUGAGGGACUUCUCUCCUGUUACUACUUCAUAAGUAAGUCUCUCGUGCCUUCCAAGAAGGUGUCAUCUUUUUGUACAGAAUAUCCAAACAUUAUUUAUUUUUGUACAGCCUGUUAAAUAUAAUCUUGUGGCUUUUUUUUUAUUAUUAUUGAAUUUUUAUUUGUUAUUAUUAUUAUUGAAAUUACAGAAGGAUGUAGAUUAUAUUGGAGUAUUUAUACAGUAUUAUAUAUAUGGUCUUAGGUUUAUGAAUAAAGUAUCACAUUGACUUGUGAACCGAAAUCA